GAAGGAUUCAAGAUCUACCAUGCAAUCGUCUUCAACUUCAAGCUGACGAACAAUGAGGCAGAAUAUGAAGCUCUGGCUGGAGGGCUCAGACUUGCCCAAGCCCUGAAAAUCAGCCGGGUCAGUAUCAAAUCUGACUCUAGCCUGAUAGUAGGGCAGGUGACCGGUAACAUGGAAGCAAGGGAAGGACGCAUGGCACAAUGCAAGGACCUUGUACUUGCCCUGUUGAAAGGCUUCGAAGAAUUCAAGAUCGCCCAAAUUCCUCGGGCGGAGAACGCGGAUGCAGACCUUCUCUCCAAAUUGACGCAGUAUGCUCCCGAGCACGUUUCGAAACUUGCCCGGGUAGAGAUCCUUGACCGUGCAAGCAUCGAGAAAUUGGAAGUCGCCGCAAUAACUGCCGGAAGCCAGUUUGACCGGUCAAACUUGGUGGGGCGGACGACCAUUGGAU